AUGAACGACGAAUCUAAGCAUCCUCGGGUCCAUCCGUCCUCGCCCGAAACGCCGGGCGGCGACGACCGCGCCCUGGGCGGCGGCGGCCUGGCAGCGCGCGUCGACGAACUCGAAGAACUGUUGGAAGCCACGAGGACGAAGCUCGCCGCCGUUGAAGCGAAGAACGCGGAGUACGCGGAGAUGUAUCCGACGUUCAAUGCGAACGAACACGUCGCGAGCGUGGUGUUCUCGCACGUGAGGGACGUCCGAACGCGCGUCGCCCUCGCGCAGGUGAACACGGUCUGGAGGAAGGCGUCGAAACACGCGUCUUCGCUGCCGCCCUCGCUCGACUUCACGGGGUGUCCGGACAAGUGGAUGGAGGAUAAGCUGUGGACCACGAAGUGCUCCUACGUCCUUUGGAUUGAAGGCGUGCUCGAUCUGCCGGAGUCGCACUUUCACGCCCUUCUCGAACAGGCCGGGGCUGACUUGUCCAACAUGAAAGAGCAGUGCAACCUCGGUGUUUUCUACGAAGUGGCAAAGCGUUACGACAAGGCGAAGGAGUGGUUCAUGAAGGGAGCGCGUCAGGGCUGUGAGGUUUGUGAGUAUAACCUUGGGUUUUGCUACAGAUACGGCCAAGGCGUAGAGAUAAACAUCGACACGGCGCUGGAAUGGUUCACAAAGUCGGCCGAGAAGGGUGACGCCGAUGCACAAUGCGAGGCCGGCCGUAUGCACUACGACAAGGGGCGACAUGAAGAGGCGUUCAAGUGGUUCACGAAAUCGGCCGCUCAAGGCGACACUGACGCGAUAACAAACCUCGGGGAGUGCUACGAGAAGGGCGAAGGCGUGAUGAAGGACAUUCCCGAGGCGUUCAAACUAUACGCGAAAGCCGCCGAGAAGGGCGACGCUGAGGCGAAAAAAAACAUCCGUCGUCUGGUCGACGCGAUGCCGUGA